GCUGCGGCGCGGUCCGGGCGGGAGGACUCUGGGUGCCGGCGUCCCCGCAGGCUCCGCACCCUCCGCGCCGCCUCCGCCUUCCGCCUCCCUCCCGCCUCGCUCCCGCCUCCCUCCCGCCUCCCGCGCUCGGUCCAGAAAGGGCCCCGCGGAUGUCCUCGGGACGAGCGGCCCCAGGCCCACAGGGAACAUGGGCGUGCUUCGGGCCGGACUGUGCCCGGGUCUCACCCAGGACGUGGUCCAGCUUCUGCGGGGCCGCGGGAUCAAGACAGUGGUGGACCUGGUUUCAGCAGACCUGGAGGAAGUAGCCCAGAAAUGUGGCUUGUCUUAUAAGGCCCUGGUCGCCCUGAGGCGGGUGCUGCUGGCUCAGUUCUCGGCUUUCCCCUUCAAUGGCGCUGAUCUCUACGAGGAGCUGAAGACCUCCACUGCCAUCCUGUCCACCGGCAUUGCAAGGUUUGUGUGGGUACUUGGGGGAAAAGGUGAGAGGUGGGCUUUUGAUACUUGCGUCUAGGGAGA